AAGCACCGAGUGUCAGAAACUUAAUGAGACAGCCGUAAAAAGCUGACACAGGCCGGGCCAUAUCUAGAAGGCCCGGGCGAAGCUAGAAAUUCGCAAACCAAACCACCACCACACUGAUAGACACCUUGCUGCCUGGGCACAUGUGGAGUCAUCUGUAUGUAACAAAAAUCACAAAAAAACUACAGGGACAAUAAUUGAUUGGGUUAACAAAGCUUUUCGAUUUAGCACUAUCGACGAUUCAUAUAUCAUUCGUAAGCUACAUAGUGCCAGCAAAUCAGUAGCAAAAAUGGGUACCUGGACUAGCACCUAUGGCGAUGAGCAAGCUGACUAAUUAGGCGGGUCAGUUUUUGGACUGGACUUUAGCUGAGUGCGUAUAGAUCUCAUGUGCUUUGUUUCCCUCAUGAAAAGAAAUGAAAAAUCCAGCUCGUGACUAAGUGAAUGUCACAACAAACAAAUCAACGAAAGAUGGAACAUACUCCACAGGAAGUUGAAAAGGGAGUCAAACCACAGAUCUCAUUCACCUCAAUCCUUAUGUGGACGAAAAAUAUUCCCUCUGCUAUGCUUCUCUUGCACAAACUACCAUACAGGAGCCUUUAUUUUAAUGACACCGUCAGUUCACAGGGGCAUAUAACAAAGCCUAGAUUAUUUCGUAUUGGAAAAAAACAUUGAUAUCACUCUUUCAAAUCUAGUUCCAGAUAAUGGAAGAAUAAUCAACGGAGCAAUCACUUUUGUAAAGGAGACUUAACUUCUUUUUUUUUUUUUUAGAAUAAAAGAGGAUACAUUGAGUUGAUGAUGUUACCUGGUUGUGUUAAUAAUGACCAUAGAGCGCAUAUCAAACAUGCAGAAGAAAGUCCUAGACAAUGAUCUUAUGGCCACUCACCCAAGCCCCCUCUUUAGCUUUGGGUAGAUAAGUGAAGCCGUCAUAUGCUGAUGUGGGGUUUAUCCCCGGAAAGUAAAGGGGAUGAACUUGUAUAAUGUAAAAAGGAAGUGUUUUUUUUUUUCACAAUCGGGAGGAUCAUUAUUCUUUGUUUAAGGAAAGGGGGGGGGGGGGUGAUAGAAAGUAUUCAUUACAAAUAAGUCUGAUCAACUUAUAUUUUAUUAUGAACCAAAGACUCAUGCUCUUCCUCUCUAUUUUGGCUCAGUCUAGAAGUUAUUUAAAAUAUUUAGUUCCUUCACUUUGAACUAGAAGUCUCGAAACAGUCUGCUCUCUGUCCUUUAUGUUAUUCUUUAAUUUCAUACUAACACUCGCUCAUACAUUCAUAUACUAACAAAAUACAUUUUAAAUUCAUAUUUCCCUUUUUUUUUUCCUCUUUCUUCUAAGGUGCCGAUAACUACCCUGUUCCUGAGUGCUGCACCAGAUAGUAUCGAGGUGCUGUCAUCUCUAUAAUAGUGCCCAAAUGAUCCCAAAAGCCACUGCUGGGGUUCUGGGUACGGUCGUGCUUGUCGGGUUUGAUGAGGUCGAGGCCGUAGGGUGACACUUUAUGCCUGAAUGGUGCAAGGCCUGUUCACGAUUCCUCAGCGGGGGGUGUAUGUCUCACAUACUUGGCACAAGCGCCGCUUUUGUUCCACUUCUGUAUCGAUGCCGGAUCAGUAGACUGACGUGCCCAGCAGAGCAUAAUUUUUGCUUUGAUGGCCUACAAGGAGGUUGGUAUGAAGAGCGCCUGAGGACUGUGGGGAUGACCAAUGGGAGGUGCCUAGUGUACAAGACAAGAUCUCCCUGGCAUGGCAGAUGGUGCCGCAUCCUGAAAUAUGGCCAUGAGCGAGCAGCUCCAUAUCUCGUUCCAGCUAUCAUUGGAUACACACUCGUUUCGUAACAAUUACUCAUCCUUGGCUGCUUCCUCUUCAACCUGUAGGAGGUCCAUUACGUGACCUUCUUCAUCUUCAACGGCUUUUGCUGCAGCUGCAAUCAUGGUUGCGCAACAGGUCAUUGUUGGCCUCAUUCGAUUCCUCUGGGUGGCCUGAUAGAGCUGGGUACGGUGACAAUGCAUCCGCUUGCCCUUUAGGUACUUGAUAUGGAAGGAGUGCAUUAGUGCCCUCUCUUUAAGGUUCAGAAUAAGGGGUUUGUUGAUAUCCUUGAGUUUCUUGUCACUGGAGAUUUUGGUGUGCGCUUUGUGGUUGGCGACGAUUGUGAGAUUCCUGCAACCCAGCAAGAAGAGGUGUGCCUGAAAUAUAUGCAGAUUUAAAAAGAGGGCGAAACAGCUUUUCUCAUCUUUAGCUAUUGUAUACUAAAUUUAAGAGGUAAACCGUUAUUUUUUAGAUAUAGUACCUACACUAGGGUUGAUAAUAACUUAGAUGAGACAGACAUAUAUAUAUAUAUAUAUAUAUAUAUAUAUAUAUAUAUAUAUAUACAUAAAUACUUGACCCUCCUCUCCCAAAUGUCUAGGGUGUAGGUGAAGGUAGCAAACGUACGUACUCAAAACACUGCCGGUUACCGGUUAAUUGUUUCAGGUAUGACUUGGCGUCGCCACUGAGAAAGUGUCCGGAUCCUCGCAUAAACAGA